GAGUAGUUCUCCAACGUCUAGCCCUGGGGCUUCUGGGAAAUGUAGUACCCAGUCUGUAGGCGGGACGGAAGAAGAGGGGGAGGCCCCUGACGCAAACUACAAUUCCCAGCGGGAAGCGCGGUGAAGGGGAGUGGGAUCUGAACAUGGCGGCGGUGGUAGCUGCUACGGCGCUGAAGGGCCGGGGGGCGAGAAAUGCCCGCGUCCUCCGGGGUAUUCUUUCAGGAGAGAAGGCUUCCCAGAACAGGACCCGGGCGCUGCAAAGCCACAGCUCCCCGGAGUGCAAGGAGGAGCCUGAGCCCCUGUCUCCUGAGCUGGAAUACAUUCCCAGAAAGAGGGCCAAGAACCCCAUGAAAGCUGUGGGACUAGCCUGGUACAGCCUCUACACACGCACCUGGCUUGGGUACCUCUUCUACCGGCAGCAGCUGCGCAGGGCUCGGAAUCGCUACCCCAAGGGCCACUCCAAAACCCAGCCCCGCCUCUUCAAUGGAGUGAAGGUGCUUCCCAUCCCGGUCCUGUCAGAUAACUACAGCUACCUCAUCAUCGACACCCAGGCCCGUCUGGCUGUGGUGGUGGACCCUUCGGACCCUCGGGCUGUGCAGGCUUCCAUUGAAAAGGAGGGAGUUACCUUGGUUGCCAUUCUCUGCACCCACAAGCACUGGGACCACAGCGGAGGGAACCGUGACCUCAGCCGGCGGCACCGGGACUGCCGGGUGUAUGGGAGUCCCCAGGAUGGUAUCCCCUACCUCACCCACCCCCUGUGUCACCAAGAUGUUGUCAGUGUGGGACGCCUUCAGAUUCGAGCUCUGGCCACUCCAGGCCACACACAAGGACACCUGGUCUACCUGCUGGACGGGGAGCCCUACAAGGGUCCCUCUUGCCUCUUCUCAGGAGACCUGCUCUUCCUCUCCGGCUGUGGACGGACCUUUGAGGGCACUGCGGAGACCAUGCUGAGCUCACUGGACACUGUGCUGGGGCUGGGGGACGACACCCUCCUGUGGCCUGGUCACGAAUAUGCGGAGGAGAACCUGGGCUUUGCAGGGGUGGUAGAGCCUGAGAACCUGGCCCGGGAGAGGAAGAUGCAGUGGGUGCAGAGACAGCGGAUGGAGCGCAAGAGCACGUGCCCAUCCACCCUGGGAGAGGAGCGCUCCUACAAUCCCUUCCUGAGGACCCACUGCCUGGCGCUGCAGGAGGCCCUGGGGCCAGGCCCAGGCCCCACAGAGGACGACUGCUUCUCCAGGGCCCAGCUGCUGGAGGAGCUCCGCCGGCUGAAGGACAUGCACAAGAGCAAGUGACGUCCCUCCCCACGCAGCCCUCCCCGCAGUGGGGAGGGCGCCCACCACACAAGCACCACCCCACCCCACCCCUCACAUUGCCACCACCUCCAGCCUCCAUCGGUGUGGCCAUCCUUCCCCUGCACCGGUCAGGGGGAGGGGAGGGACAAGGCCAUGUGACU